AUGCUUUUCUUCACCCAGUGCUUUGGGGCUGUAUUAGAUCUUAUUCAUCUUAGGUUUCAACAUUACAAGGCUAAGAGGGUUUUUUCAGCUGCUGGGCAACUUGUCUGUGUUGUAAACCCAACACACAGCCUAAAGUAUGUGUCAAACAGGCAUGCAGUCGGUCAGACCUCCACAGAGCAAGGCAGCCUUCAUUCCCACCAUCCCCUCGAGACAGUGCAUGACCCGCAACGGAUUCCUUGCAUGUGCCCUCUGUUUUCUUGUCAAUGGGAAGGCCAUGUAGAAGUGGUGGUAUCACAUCUGAGACAGACGCAUCGGAUCAACAUCCUUCAUGGGGCAGAGAUUGUUUUCCUGGCCACAGACAUGCACCUCCCUGCACCAACAGAUUGGAUAAUAAUGCAUUCUUGCCUGGGCCACCAUUUUUUGCUUGUGCUCAGGAAGCAGGAGAAAUACGAAGGCCACCCCCAGUUCUUUGCCACCAUGAUGUUGAUUGGCACCCCCACACAAGCCGAUAACUUCACCUACAGGCUUGAGCUCAACAGGAAUCAGAGGCGCCUGAAGUGGGAAGCUACCCCGAGAUCGGUACUGGAGUGCGUUGACUCUGUCAUAUCAGACGGCGAUUGCCUUGUCCUUAACACCUCACUGGCCCAGCUCUUCUCUGAUAAUGGAAGCCUGGCUAUAGGAAUUGCAAUAACUGCCAGCAAAGUUCACGCUGCUGAAGCAGAAAUGUAA